GUCUGGCAGCGCCGCGAGUGACACUUCGCAGUAACUUUAUUUGAUUAAGAGCCUAGUGGAAAUUUCAUCAUAAUCAUUUGCGAUUAAAAUACAGCGGCCGCGUCUCUAAAUUCCUCCUGAAAAUCUCACUGGUGGACUAUUUAGUGCUUCAAGUUUCCAAUAAAAGUGGAAAAGUGGACAAAACACUUGGAUAACGGGGUGCAAUUGACUUGAGAAAAAAAGUGAAAAUUUUAACAGUGAAAAAAAGUUUUCUGGGUGUCAAACGCCCUGAAAAAGAUACUUUUUCACCUUUUUCAGAGGGAUUUUCCAGAGUGAUAUUGAGAGAUUUUGGUUUCAUUGAGGAUAAUUUACGAGUAUUGAAAGAUAUUUCUAAGAAACAAGAACGAGAAAUCAAGGAAAAAAGGACGUCAAAAUCUUCUAAAAUUCUAUUUUUGAGAUAGAUAAUUGUUUUUUUUUUAUUGUGUUUUUGUAAGAUGUGAAGAGAAAAAGUUAACUAAAGAAUUUAUUUUGAUAAUCAAAAGAAAGUGAGUGAAAUACGAAUUUGAGAGACUUUUUUUGUUUUGUGUGUGUAGCAAUUAAAAAAAACAAAAUGCCAACACUCGUUGUGGAUCGAAUUCCGCUGCCCAGUUUGAGAUUCUACACAAUUCUUAGUAUCCUGUGGGUUAGUGUGUGCCUGUACUAUUCCAUCAAGGUCACCAGAGAUCCAGACUGGAAACUUCAUACCAAUAACACUUCAAUUCCCGUGGCUGCUCCUCCAAAAAUACCCGAAAGUGCUCCGGAUUCGGAGAAAGGGGAACAUAUUCUAGUUGAUGGUGUUUUGGAGAGUGCUGUAAAGAUCCAGGAAGAACCUCCUGAUAAUCCUCAGCUUGAGGAUGCCAAUCAGAGGGAUUUGUUGGAUAUUGAAUUGGAGGAGAGAAUUGUCAAUGAUACAAGGAGUUUGGGGGCCCAUUUGAGAGAUGUGGUGACCUUUAUGUCCCAAGAACCAACUUGUAUCUGGACACUUAUCAACAUGGCCUAUUGUUGUCUGAUACUUCUUGGGAAGUCAAUCCAAAAGGUGGUCUUUGGUGAACUUCGAAUAUCUGAGCAACAGCACAUGAAAGACAAAUUCUGGAAUUUUGUCUUCUACAAAUUCAUCUUUGUAUUUGGUGUGGUGAAUGUACAAUUUCUGAAUGAGGUCGUUCUUUGGGUAUCUUGGUUCUCAAUUCUGGGAUUUCUUCAUCUACUAUCGCAACUCUGCAAGGAUCGCUUUGAAUAUCUCUCAUUCUCACCCACAACACCCGGAUGGUCGCAUUUCCGUCUUGUGGCUCUACUAUCGGCCAUCCUCACUCUCUCUGGGCUCAUGUUCAUCAUCUGCAUCGGCGUGGGACUCUUCGGUGGCAUAAACACAUUCGCCUUCAUGGCGGCCGAGUGCGUUCUCUUGUCCAUCCGAACACUUCAUGUUCUCGUGCGUUACGGUUUAUUCCUGUACGACAUGAGGAAUGGUGGAUUGAGUGGAGAAGCCGUGUCAUGGGAUAAGAGAGGUCCUGUGGCUUAUUAUAUUGAACUGGGUUUCGAAGUGGCAGCUCUCCUUGUUGAUCUUGUUCAUCAUUUGCACAUGCUCUUCUGGAGCAAUAUCUUUUUGUCAAUGGCUAGUUUGGUCAUUAUCAUGCAAUUGCGUUAUCUUAUUCAUGAGAUUCAGCGCAAGAUUAAGAAACAUCGAAACUACCUCUGGGUUCUCAAUCACAUGGAAAAGAGUUAUCCUUUAGCCACAACUAAGGAUCUCACUGAGAAUUCUGACAACUGUGCCAUUUGCUGGGAAAAAAUGGAAUCUGCUCGUAAACUUCCCUGCUCUCAUCUCUUCCACAAUUCUUGUCUCCAGUCCUGGCUUGAGCAGGACACAAGCUGUCCAACGUGCCGUCUGGCCCUCAGUGUUCAGCACAAUGUAGCAUUGCAUCCUAAUAUGGACAGAAUCGAUGAACCGGAGACAGCUGGACGUGCCAAUAAUCACUUCUUCCACUUCAAUGGGUCACGCUAUGUGUCGUGGUUGCCCAAUUUUUCUGUGGAAGUCACAAAUAUCAACAAUAUGCUACGCAAUGAGCCACCAACUCACACUCACACCUCUCAGAUUCGAAAUAUGGCACUUCAGGUGCAGCAAAUGUUUCCACGCUAUCCUCUGACUGUCAUAAUUUCUGAUCUCACUAUCACACGUUCCAUUGAGAUUACCAUUGAUAAUAUCCUGGAGGGACGAUUGCAGAUCCCAGCGCGCUUUCAGGAGUUUGAUAGAGGUGAUUUUGAUGAGACAGAUAGCCGGGGGACAUCAUCGGCAGACAGUACACCUGACAAUUUUACCGUUUUGGCUGUCAAUAAUGGAUUUGAUAUGUAUGUCAAUCCAACAUUAUCGAGGGCAUCGACGAGUUCUAGUUCGUCAGAGCCGGGAGGGUAUGAAGUUGAGAGGAAGAGUAAUAUCUUUGGGAAUCAGAGUGAUCUCCUGAGGGAUGAUAGUCCUGAGGAUGUUCCGUUGGGUGAUCGAUUUUCAAAGAGUAGCGAAGAACGUGAGAAAAUUCUGCAGAGGCGCAAGGAGGCACUUGUUGCAAUGGCGCGCAGGAAGUACCUGGAUAGGAAUCGAUCAGAAUUAAAUACCACGAGAGAUUUGCGUCAGAGGAGCAAGAGUAAUUUGCAGGAGUGAGCCAAUUAUUCAUCAAUUUUAAAUUAUUUACUACAAAUUAACUAUAAACAGAAGAAAGAAAGAAAAAAUAGCCGUGUAGGGAUUAUUCAAGUAACUAAGACUGCAUCCUGAAAGUAAGGAAGAGAGAUAGAGAGUGUUUUGUGCGUGAGUGUGAAAGGCAUUUGAUGUCCUUUUGUGUGUGAUUAGAAGAGAGCACUUGGAAAACUUAUUGAUUUUGCAGGAGGAAUUUAUUUGAGGUCUCUUUAACUUUUCCUUGACAAUGGAAUUUUCUUUAAGACAUAUUCUGCCGGAAAUGCUUCCUUCCUUAAGAUUAAAAUUAAAAAAAAAAUAGAUUGUGUAUUUUAAUACUUUGAGCAAAAAUCCUAAAAGUUUAUUGAAGAAAAUCCCAAGUUUUUUUAAGAUAUCCGGAACGUUAGUUUUUAUAGUUGCAUGCAAUUUAGCAAAGUUUCAUGCAAUAUCUUGGAAAACUACUGAAGAAAUCUUUUUGGAAAAUUUAGCUAAAAGUAUUAUUCACAUUUAAAAAAAAAAACUUUAUAUAAAAUCCCUACUAAUUCUUUCACUUUAAUCCUUUUAUGAGAUUUUUAUCAUUCUCCAGAACAAAAAAAAAUGUAGAUAAAUGAGCUUUGCCUUCCUUCCAACAACAAUGAACUGAUGAAGAAAAAAAUGAACUGUGAUAUACAGAUUGCUGAAAACUAAAAGAAAAUAAUGUUGCAAUAGAAAAGCCGGUAUAAAGAUCCUCUACAAAAAAUAAAUAAAAUUUAUAUCUGCAAAAUAAUUCCUCUGCAAAAAGUGGUUUUAAGUGCUCUCACAUUGAAUGUUGUCUUUUUUUUUUAGGAAAUGACUUAUUUUAUUUUUCAUAACACGAAGAAGUCAACUGAAUUUAUUUCACAUUUUGUUGCUACUUUGAGUCUUUUUUUUUGUUUUUGAUGUUUUUUUUUAUUGUAAAUAGAUGUAAAAAGAAUAUUGUGUAAACAGCGUAAGAGUUGUGUGUGCAUGAUGAUAAUAUUUUUUGAGAAAGAAAUUGGAAUGAUAUAUCUAGAAAAGAAAGAGAUAAAAAAAGCAAAAAUACUGUAAAACUGAUUUCAACAAGCUUUUGAUGAAUGAAUGGCAAGAACCGUCCGAAAAUCUCUGAGAUUAACCUUUUCCCUUCAAUAUAUUGGCUCAGCUUUUACAAAAAAAAAAAAGUCGAUGGGCGAAUGAGUCUGAUUGAGCGCAAGAUUUAUGAAUAGAAAAUGUCAAAUUUUAAGAGUCAAAGCAAAAAAAAUAUGAGUUUAGAAGCUAAUUUUAGAAUUGAUUUUAACUGUAUUUGUGAUUACUUGUGCAUAAUUGUUGUAAUUAAAUCAAUAUGAGAAUUUG